UCUCCGUUUGAUUUUUCAACUUCGCACGAAUUUUCUGACAACAUUCAGCCGAAGACGAGUACGGAACAAAACAGCCCGUCCGUAGUUGAAGAUCCAUUUUUUCUCGCGGACAAAAGUCCUUGAUUCGGUGCUGAAAUCGACCUCCUAGCCAUGGCAAACGCUUUGGUGCGUUUAAAUACGCUUCCGCGGCAGCAAAUCGCGGCGCUCGUCCCGGUGCUGAGGGGAACUAGUGCGUCUUCGUCGGCUGCGUGCAGCAAGCAGCAGGUUCGGCAGCAGUCCGCCCAGGCGUCGGCACCACCGCCGCAAACGAAGACCAAGUUCGGUCCGCUGGCCGAUUCGGAUCGGAUCUUUACUAACCUGUAUGGACGUCACGAUUGGCGUCUGAAGGGAGCCCUUAAGCGGGGCGAUUGGUACAAGACCAAGGAGAUCCUGCUGAAGGGAACCGACUGGAUUAUCAAUGAGAUCAAGGUCUCGGGACUCCGUGGUCGCGGUGGGGCUGGUUUCCCCACCGGUAUGAAGUGGUCCUUCAUGAACAAGCCCUCGGAUGGCCGCCCGAAGUACCUGGUGGUGAAUGCCGACGAGGGAGAACCGGGAACCUGCAAGGAUCGUGAAAUCAUGCGUCACGAUCCGCAUAAGUUGAUUGAGGGAUGCUUGAUCGCUGGCCGUGCCAUGGGAGCACGUGCGGCUUACAUCUACAUCCGAGGCGAGUUUUACAAUGAGGCGUCCAACAUGCAGCUGGCCAUUGCCGAAGCCUAUCAGGCAGGGCUGAUUGGCAAGAACGCUUGCAACUCCGGGUAUGAUUUCGAUGUUUUCAUGCAUCGUGGUGCUGGAGCUUACAUCUGUGGAGAGGAGACCGCCUUGAUCGAAUCCCUUGAGGGAAAGCAGGGCAAGCCUCGUCUGAAGCCGCCAUUCCCGGCAGAUGUUGGCGUCUUUGGAUGCCCUACGACUGUAUCCAACGUGGAAACGGUUGCCGUAGCUCCGACGAUCUGUCGCCGUGGUGGAGUAUGGUUCGCCAGCUUUGGACGUACCCGUAACUCUGGAACCAAGCUGUACAACAUCUCGGGACAUGUUAACACUCCUUGCACCGUUGAAGAGGAGAUGUCCAUCCCGUUGAAGGAACUCAUCGAACGUCACGCCGGCGGAGUUCGUGGCGGAUGGGACAAUCUGCUGGGUAUCAUCCCUGGUGGUUCGUCGACUCCGAUUAUUCCGAAGCACGUCUGCGAUGACGUUCUGAUGGACUUUGAUGGGUUGGUCCAGGCUCAGACAUCGCUUGGAACGGCCGCCAUCAUCGUGAUGGACAAGUCCACCGACGUCAUCAAGGCCAUUUCGCGUCUGAUCGAUUUCUACAAGCACGAGAGCUGCGGCCAGUGUACUCCGUGUCGCGAGGGCAUUGCCUGGAUGUACAAGAUGAUGCAUCGCUUCGUGGACGGAAACGGUCGCCCGGAGGAAAUCGACAUGUUGUGGGAAAUCUCCAAGCAGAUCGAAGGACACACCAUCUGCGCGCUGGGUGACGGUGCGGCUUGGCCUGUGCAAGGUCUUAUUCGUCAUUUCCGACCGGAAAUUGAGGCUCGUAUGAAGAAAUACGAACAGCAGAUGGCCGCCAAGCAGUGAUAGGUGAAUUAAUCAAUACGAUUUGGAGCAAAAUAAAGCGUAAGGCCUGCUUGUUAGAAUAUGA